UUGAAAUUGGCGGUUGAAAUAUCGUAAAAUCACGAACAGGUGUGCGGGAUUUGAAAUUUUGACAGACGCUCUAGGCAAUGUAGUUAUUGCAAACAUAUCUAUAACCAUGAUUUUUUAAUCACAUGAUAUCCCAAAAUAGUGGUCACAUGACAAAUCACAUGAUAGUCGGACAGAGAUGGCAGAUUCAACUAGGAAGUUUCAAUACUGUUUUUUUAUUCUUGUUAUUUUUUCAAUCCAAGGUUGUCAUUCAGAUUCGAAUGGUGGAUCGACUUGUGCAACAUGUGAUGUUUUGAUGGGCCUUGUUGAACAGACAGCUGUUAUACACAAUGAAACACUUGUAAAUUCAUUGGAAAGGAUCUGUAACUACUUCCCAGAUCAGUUCAAGAAACCAUGCAAGCUAUUUUUGGAUUUUAUUGGACCUAUUCUUAUUGAAAUUGUUGAAGAAAAUGACACACCUGAUGUUAUAUGUCAUAAACUUGGACUAUGCUACACAGAAAAAGGAAGACAGUGCAAUCUUUUCCCUUUGAAGAUAAAUCAAAGAUUGUAUCAUUACACAGAGGACCCUAGACUAGUGAAAAAAGUGAAACAUCUGCACAUGCCCAGAUUAGGUGCAGGGAUAUGUGAUUUACCAGGAAUCAAAGAGAUUUGUGACUGGAUUAAUCUGAUAUUUUCUGAUCAUGAGCCUGCUGUGGACCUAGAUGGUGACAAACAUAGCCCAUAUGAGACAUUGAGGGGUUACUCAUGGCGAGGUAAAGAUUGUGAUGAUGAGAGAAGGAAUAUUCACCCUGGGGCAAGGCCUAUAGAUGGUGACAGAGAAAUUGACUCCAACUGCAAUGGAAUAAAAGGUCAUACUCCAGCUUCUAAUGUACCAUAUGAGAACAUGUUCUGUGAAUCGUCUCAGCCUCGUGGUAUAGCUGUACUGGGUGACUCAAUUAGUGCGCACUUUCAUCUGCCUAGAGAAUGGUUCAAUUCUACUGAAUUAUCAGUGGCAAACUUUGAGCCAUUGCCGUACAUUGCUGAAAAUGAGCUUGAUUGGCCGGAACUCUCUUAUGGAACUGGAUUUAUGAAUGCUACAGAGGAACUGAGUAAAGUUAUACAUGGUCAUACUGAUUCUUUAUACCUGAGACUAUGGCAACGGAACAGAUGUAACUUUAGGGAUUAUCAGAACAUUGCCGUGAAUGGAGCUAGAGCUAGCUCAAUGGUUGAUACCAUUGAAAAAAGUUUAUUUAGGAACAGGACCGGAGAUUAUCCGUUGAUUGUUAUAUAUGCCCUGGUGGGAAAUGACGUCUGCAAUGGACAUCCGGAUACUAUUGCACACAUGACUACUCCUGAUGAAAUGAAGAAAUAUGCCACGAUGACACUACAGUAUCUGGAAAAGAACAUUCCAGCUGGAAGUUUUGUGUUCUUUACGGGUCUUGCAGAUGGGCGUGUCCUUUAUGAUAAUCUGAAGAACAGGAUACAUCCGAUUGGUUCACUCAGGAAUGAUGUCACAUAUUCACAUUUUUAUGACUAUUUCAACUGUCUAGAGAUAUCACCCUGUACUGGUUGGAUGAAUACAAAUGAAACUUUGCGGGACCUUACUACUAAGAGGGCUGUAGAACUGAGUGCUGCACUGCAGGAAAUUGUAAAUACUUCUGCUGGGAAUUACAAGAAUUUCAAACUUUAUUACAAUGAAAAUCCAAUAAAUAAAGUUAUAAAUGAAUGGAAGACAGCUGGGAAACCAGUUUAUGAACUUCUGGAACCAGUUGAUGGUUUCCAUGCCAAUCAGAGAGGAAAUGCCGAGGUAGCAAGAGUUGUGUGGGAGGAGCUACUUCAAAAGUGGCCGGAGUCUGUGGGCAAGGAAAACCCCUUCAAUGAAGAGAUCAAGCAAAUGUUUGGUGAUCAAGGCGGCUAUAGAUAGAGUAUCAAAGAUAUUACUACAUGAAGCUGUUUAAAUAUGCAGGAUUUGAUUCUUAAGACAUCAGUUUAGAAUAUAACCAUAAUAUUUUGUUGUUUUUUUUGUCUUUAAAAAAAAAAAGCAAUUGUUUCGAUCAUGAUUGAAUAAUUUUAUCAAUUCAUUUUUAAUCAGGAAGACUUUUCUUUAGUAAAUGAUUGUUGAUCUCUGAUUUCA